UUCGAUGAUGAUUCAUGUUUUGUCGACUUCAACUUUAAGUUUAGUUACGUUGCCUUUUAUUAACUCAUAAUUUCAAUAUAAAUCAUAUAAAAAUCAAAGAUUUUGUGAACAUCACUUUUUUGAUAUUAGCUAUUCACUAAACGCAAAAACAAAUGGCUUGCAAUGGAUGUACAAAAAGAUUCGGAUUUUUUUUAAAAGAAAUGGGAUGUCCAUCCUGCAAAUACUCAUUUUGCUCUAAAUGUUUGAGAUUUCGAAUCAAAGUUGAAGGAAAAUCCAAGGAAGUAUGCUUACGAUGUUACGAAUUAUGCAAAUCUGGAGUUGAUUUUAAUGAUAGUAAAACCCGAUCUAGCAAACCAUCGAGCACAUCGAUCUUAGAUGUACCAGUCCAAGAGAAUUCGCUGUCAAAAAACAUAAUCAACCCGCUGACGCAGCCAACGGAAACGGACAAGGAUGCUGAAAUAAAGAAGCGACUUGCUGCUUUGAAGCAAAAGGAUGGCAACGACGAUCAAUCGGAACCGGAGAUAUCGUCAGCUACCGCUGGAACUAGCCUCACCGACAUGGAAAAAAGACUAGCAGCUCUGAAAGGUAUCGAGUACAAAGACUAUACAGAAGCUAAUAAAAAGUUCCUGAUUCAGAAGGAUGGCCGAAGCGAGGAGGAACAAAUUAGGGAUAUUUUGAAACAAUUUGCAGAGGAACAGGAAAUACACCAUUCGAUGGAUAGUUAUCGUUUAGCAGCGGUAGAUGAUAUUGAACAGCGUUUGGCAGCUUUGAAGGAUACCCCAGCCGACAGUAGUUCCACUACACAAGGACCAAAUUUGGUUAAAACUGUAGGCGAUCAAUGUUUGCCAGAUUCAUCGGACGACGAAGGAGGAGAGAGGGAUGUGGAAGCGGCGAAAAACCUAGCAGCUCGAUUCAUGGAAGAAGCAGCCAUUGAUGCCAAAAAGCACCCGAUGGAUGAUGAUGAUUUAAACGAUCUCGAAAUUCCAACUCCAUUGGAUCCGUCCGAAACAGAGGAGCUGCCAUGGUGCACAAUUUGCAACGAGGAUGCUGCUAUCCGUUGUGUUAGCUGCGGAGGCGAUUUGUUCUGUCGAGGUUGCUUCAAGGAGUGCCACGACGACGACGAAGACUACCGAAAACAUGAAACUAAAGCGUUUAAGGCUAUUGUUGAUAAAAAUAAAUCCUAAUUUUGUGUUAGAUUU